AUGGAAGAACUUUCUAAAUCGGUUGCUUUGAACGCAAGCAUUCUCGCCGCAGAGAUCCAGGAAAAGGGCCUCCCCCCACUCGAUGAUGAAUUAUUCCCCGUUUCAUUCCCCCUUCUCAGUCCCGCAGGCUCCCAUGCUCGAUUUGAGUUGAUAUCUGCUGCCCUGAAUAUUGUGCGGCUGGCCAGCGGCCCGUCUGAGUUUCUGGGGAACAUAGGCUUGCAGGGGUUUGAACUCAACACCAUCGGGACCAUGAUCAAACUCGGAGUGCCUCAGCGCAUCCCCUUAGGCGGAUCUGUCUCACUGAGCUCUCUGGCGGAGCAUGCCCAGGUCGAGGAAGGACUAUUCACUCGUCUUGUCCGAUACUCCAUCUCCUCGGGCUUUCUGUCAGAGAAAACACCUGGCCAAAUCAGCCAUAACUCUGCUUCGUCCGUUUGUGUCCGCGACCCAAAAACUACCGAUAGUCUCAUAUCAAAUAUCAACGUUGCAAACCCAGCGUCUGUGAAGAUGGUAGAAUCUCUAAAGCUUAACCCCGCGGGGAAUGAUGGGACAAAGGCACCGCUCAGUCUUGCAUUUCCCAGACACUCAGCCGAUGGGGUCGAGCAGUUGGGCAGCAUGUGGGAUUUCCUUCGCGAACACCCGGAGGAGGAGGUUCGGUUCCAUAAUUCCAUGGCAGCCACAUACUCUUCCUCGAUCUAUUCAUGUGAACAUGUAGUUCGCGGGUUUGACUGGGCCCAGGUUAAGACAAUUGUUGACGUUGGUGGCUCAGAAGGGCACGUUAGCAUGGCUAUCGUUAACUCAUAUCCCCAUAUCAAAUCAACCGUUCAAGACCUCGGCGAGGUAGUCGUCACCUCGCGUCAAGAGCUGCCCGCCCAGUAUAACCAAGCCAUUGAUUUUGUCGAGCAUGAUUUCUUCCAGCCCCAGCCUGUGCAGGCCGACGCGUAUGUUAUGCGGUUUAUCCUGCAUAACUGGUCCGAUGAAGAUGCUAAACGUAUAAUUCGCGGCUUGAUGCCUGUGUUGAAACCAGGUGUCCGGGUGCUGGUUUGUGAACAUGUCAUCCCUGAGAAAGGGACUGUCUCGCUCUAUGCAGACCGGAUUGUGCGCAAUAUGGAUGUGACCAUGUUUGGAUUGUUGGCUGGAAAAGAGCGAACGGCUCAGGAUUACGCAGACCUCCUCGGCAACGUGGAUCCAAGGCUGAAACUGAAGGGUAAUAAAUGUCCAGGUGGAAGUGUGAUGACUAUUUUGGAGUUUGUCGUAGAGUAA